AUGUAUGAAGGGAAGAAGACGAAAAACAUGUUUCUGACCCGGGCCCUGGAGAAGAUCCUGGCCGACAAGGAGGUGAAGAAGGCGCAUCACUCCCAGCUGCGCAAAGCCUGCGAGGUGGCAUUAGAGGAGAUAAAGGCUGAAACAGAAAAGCAAAGUCCCCCUCAUGGAGAAGCAAAGUCUGGUUCAAGCACUCUUCCACCUGUGAAAUCAAAGACAAGCUUCAUUGAAGCGGACAAAUACUUCCUCCCGUUUGAAUUGGCAUGCCAGUCCAAGUGCCCCAGGAUUGUCAGUACAUCCCUAGAUUGUUUACAGAAACUUAUAGCAUAUGGGCACUUGACAGGGAAUGCUCCAGACAGUACAGCUCCAGGAAAAAAACUAAUUGAUAGAAUUAUCGAGACAAUAUGUGGCUGUUUUCAAGGCCCUCAAACAGACGAAGGGGUUCAGCUACAAAUAAUAAAGGCUUUGCUCACUGCAGUAACAUCUCAACACAUAGAAAUCCACGAAGGAACAGUACUACAGGCUGUAAGAACAUGUUACAAUAUCUACCUAGCAAGCAAAAAUCUUAUCAAUCAAACUACAGCCAAGGCCACUCUAACACAAAUGCUGAAUGUCAUUUUUGCACGUAUGGAAAAUCAAGCACUUCAGGAAGCCAAACAGAUGGAAAAGGAAAGACACAGGCAGCAACACCAUCUCCAGCAGUCUCCAGUAAGCCAUCACGAGCCUGAAUCACCUCAGUUGAGACAUAUUCCAGCACAGGCUGAUCAGCUGUCCAAAGACCAUGAGAGAGAGCUUGACCACAGCACAAACCAUGUGGACAAGAACCUUCAAGAAGAUAUUGAGGCAGAAAAUGGAUCUGACAUUUCUAGUGCUGAAAAUGAACAGACAGAAGCUGACCAAGCCACAGCAGCAGAAAAUCUUUCUAAAGCUGAUGGAGGAACUUACGAUGGUGAAAGCAAUGAGUGCGAAGAGAAGGCACAAGAAAUUGUAGAAAGUAUUGUGCAGGAAAUGGUGAACAUAGUAGUUGGAGAUGUGGAAGGGACUGCAGGUGGUGAUGGCACAACUGUAUCCUUAGAGGAUGGCAGUGACAGUGAAAACAUUCAGGCAAAUGGAAUUCCAGGGACUCCAAUUUCUGUUGCUUAUACACCAUCUUUACCGGAUGACAGAUUAUCUGUCUCUUCCAAUGAUACUCAGGAAUCUGGAAAUUCUUCAGGACCUACCCCUGGUGCUAAGUUUUCCCACAUUUUACAAAAGGAUGCCUUCCUUGUAUUCAGGUCACUGUGUAAACUCUCCAUGAAGCCCCUGUCAGAUGGACCACCCGAUCCAAAAUCUCAUGAACUGCGAUCAAAGAUUCUUUCAUUGCAGUUGCUUCUGUCCAUUCUGCAAAAUGCAGGACCAGUCUUCAGGACAAAUGAGAUGUUCAUUAAUGCUAUAAAGCAGUACCUCUGUGUUGCACUGUCAAAAAAUGGAGUCUCAUCAGUUCCAGAAGUAUUUGAACUUUCACUUUCCAUAUUUCUUACCCUCCUGUCAAACUUUAAGACUCAUCUAAAGAUGCAGAUUGAGGUUUUCUUCAAAGAAAUUUUCCUGUAUAUCUUGGAAACUUCUACUAGCUCAUUUGAUCAUAAGUGGAUGGUUAUACAAACACUGACAAGGAUAUGUGCAGAUGCUCAGAGCGUGGUGGACAUCUACGUGAACUAUGAUUGUGAUUUAAAUGCAGCAAAUAUAUUUGAAAGGCUGGUUAAUGACUUAUCAAAGAUUGCUCAAGGAAGAGGUAGCCAAGAACUUGGCAUGUCCAAUGUUCAGGAAUUAAGUUUGAGGAAAAAAGGAUUGGAAUGCUUAGUAUCGAUCUUGAAAUGCAUGGUGGAGUGGAGUAAGGAUCAAUAUGUAAAUCCCAAUUCCCAGACAACCCUUGGCCAAGAAAAACCCACAGAACAGGACAGCAGUGAAACCAAACAUCCUGAAACAAUUAACAGAUAUGGAAGCUUAAAUUCUUUGGAUUCUACUGCUUCAUCAGGAAUUGGCAGUUACAGCACGCAGAUGUCUGGCACUGACAACCCAGAGCAGUUUGAAGUCCUAAAGCAGCAAAAGGAAAUAAUAGAACAAGGAAUUGACUUAUUCAACAAGAAACCAAAGAGGGGGAUUCAGUACCUGCAAGAACAAGGAAUGCUUGGCACUACCCCUGAAGAUAUUGCUCAAUUCUUGCAUCAAGAGGAAAGAUUAGAUUCAACUCAGGUUGGGGAGUUCCUGGGAGACAAUGAUAAAUUUAACAAAGAAGUCAUGUAUGCAUAUGUAGACCAACACGACUUUUCGGGAAAGGAUUUUGUUUCAGCUCUGCGCAUGUUUCUAGAAGGAUUUCGUCUACCCGGAGAAGCUCAAAAAAUUGAUCGCUUAAUGGAGAAAUUUGCUGCUAGAUAUUUAGAAUGUAACCAAGGGCAAACUCUUUUUGCUAGUGCAGAUACUGCAUAUGUUUUAGCUUACUCAAUUAUCAUGUUGACAACAGAUCUUCACAGUCCACAGGUUAAGAAUAAAAUGACAAAAGAACAGUAUAUUAAAAUGAAUAGAGGUAUCAAUGACAGUAAAGAUCUCCCUGAAGAAUAUUUGUCUGCUAUCUAUAAUGAAAUAGCUGGAAAGAAGAUUUCAAUGAAAGAAACAAAAGAAUUAACAAUACCCACAAAAUCCAGUAAACAAAGUGUUGCUAGUGAGAAGCAGAGGAGACUCCUAUAUAACUUGGAAAUGGAACAAAUGGCUAAAACAGCUAAAGCUCUUAUGGAGGCAGUGAGCCACGUUCAGGCCCCUUUUACCAGUGCAACACACCUGGAGCAUGUGAGACCCAUGUUUAAGUUGGCAUGGACGCCUUUCCUGGCUGCGUUCAGCGUGGGUCUGCAGGACUGUGAUGACACCGAAGUUGCCUCUCUUUGUUUGGAGGGUAUACGAUGUGCAAUCCGGAUUGCUUGCAUUUUCAACAUUCAGCUUGAAAGAGAUGCCUACGUUCAAGCAUUAGCAAGAUUUACAUUGCUUACAGUGAGUUCUGGUAUUACUGAAAUGAAGCAGAAGAACAUUGACACCAUUAAAACUCUCAUCACGGUGGCUCAUACAGAUGGAAACUAUUUAGGAAAUUCUUGGCAUGAGAUUCUGAAAUGCAUCAGUCAACUUGAACUGGCACAGUUAAUAGGAACUGGAGUAAAACCUCGCUACAUCUCAGGGACAGUGCGUGGCAGGGAAGGUUCUUUUACUGGAACAAAAGAUCAGGCACCUGAUGAAUUUGUGGGGCUGGGACUGGGUAAGUGAUGCAGAUAUGAAGUAUU